AUGCGUUACACGGUCCCUCUCAUGGCGGCGCUUGCUGCCUCGGCUACCGCAACCGCACCAGUUGAAGCCGGAAAGCGCGCCCAGAAGCUUUACACUUUGGAGACGGCGCCUGGUGAGACUGUUGAGGUGACCGAGGAUGAGAAGUUUCAGAUGAUCGAUGACCACAUUCACUUCUUUGACAUCACAGAGUGGAAGGAUCACAGCGCCGCUCCCUCAGGUGCUCGUCUGGCCAGUACGACCAGUAAAUAUCCCGACAAACUUGCUCACCAAGCCAAUGUCGACAAGAUCGUCAAGAAGGUCAGCAUCAAGAACAUUGAGAAACAGCUCAAGAAGUUCUCAUCAUUCCACAACCGCUACUUUAACUCGGCCUACGGAGUUGAAGCUGCUCAGUGGCUUCACAAGGAGAUCCAGAAGGCUAUCAAGAAGAGCAAGCAUCCUUAUGCCUCGGUUCGUCUGGUCCAGCACCAGGCUUGGUCGCAGCCUUCGAUCAUCGUCUCGAUUCCUGGACAGGUUCGCCUCAAGACUGUAGUCACUGGUUCUCAUCUUGACUCGGUCAUUUCCAACGACCGUGGAGCUGGCCGAGCUCCAGGUGCCGAUGAUAACGGCUCUGCAUCUAUCAUGCUCCUCAACCUCCUCUCCGCUUUCCUUGAGGACCCAAGAAUCGCCAAGGGCGAUCACCUCAACACUGUUGAGUUCCACUGGUACUCAGCUGAGGAGACUGGACUUCUUGGAUCCCAAGAUAUCUUCAACAACUACGCCCGACUUGGCAUCCAGGUCGAGGCUAUGCUGAACCAGGACAUGGUUGGCUACAAGGGCCGUGACGGAGUCGAGCGUUUCGGUCUCAUCACCGAUAACACCAGCCCUACUCAGAACGACUUUCUCAAGCUUCUCAUUGAGGAAUAUGCUGACAUCCCAUACGAGGAGUCUACCUGCGGAUAUGCAUGCUCUGACCAUGCCUCGGCUAACCGCAACGGCUUCCCUGCGUCGUUCCUCUUUGAGACGCCUUUCGGAAACCACAACCCUUACAUCCACACUCCUAACGACACUAUUGCCCAUGUUGACUUUGACCAUGUUAUUCAACAUGCCAAGGUCACUGCUGGUUUUGUUUAUGAGCUUGCUCACCGCAACUUCACUGUCUGA